CGCGGAGAGUACGUUUCUACUGUUGGAUGUUCCUCUGAAGCAUCGGCUUUGGAUAUUUCAGUGUGUCGAAGCAUAUCGUGAUUGAAACAUGCAGACGGAGUCUCUACCGCUGUCAGCCAUAUAUUGAAUUGAGGGACAAUAUUGUCUGCUCGGAUUUUGUUUCGGGAAUUUAUUUCAAAGGCUUAGCUACAUCUCUGUACAUUUCUGGAGUCUCACUUGUGGAUUUCAUACCAUCACCCCGAACUACAGGUGUCUACUUUUGAGGACAAGAUGCCUCAGACACCACCCUUCACGGGCGUGUUUCCCAACAGCGCCUACAACAAGAACCUCUACCAGACAAAGGAGGAGCACUACGGGGGCCUCUAUUACCAUGACAACACGCUUGUCUCGGGGUCGCUGGAGGCCCUCAUCCAGCAUCUGGUGCCCACAGUGGACCACUACCCCGACAGGACGUACAUCUUCACAUUCCUGCUGAGUUCGCGGCUCUUCAUCCACCCCUGUGAGCUCAUGUCUAAGAUCUGUCACCUGUGUGUGGACCAUCAGAGACUCUCCGACCCUCAGGCUGACAAGAUGCGACUGAGGAAGAUGGCUCCUAAGGUGCUGCAGCUCCUUACAGAAUGGACGGAGACAUUCCCAUACGACUUCCGUGACGAGAGGACAAUGAGGAGCCUCAAGGAGCUCACACAACGCCUGGCCAGUGGUGACGAGCACUACCGCAAGGCGGUGCAGCAGAUGACCCAGGCACUGAUCCGGAAGCUGACGGCGCUCAGCCAGUACGAGGAGGCUCUGGCCAAGAUCAGCGCCACGGCCACGGAGCGGCUGGCCGUGCUCAAGGUCAAGCCACAGUCGGUGCAGCGCGACAUCCUCAGCAUCUGCAGCGACCCCUUCACCCUCGCCCAGCAACUCACACACAUCGAGCUGGAGAGGUUAAGCUACAUCGGACCAGAAGAAUUCGUCCAAGCCUUUGGCCAGAAAAGCCAACUGGACAAUGAUAAGAACUGCUUCAGUGACCAUAAGAAGGCCAGUAACCUGGAGGCAUAUGUGGCCUGGUUCAACCGCCUGAGCUAUUUGGUGGCUACAGAGAUUUGCAUGGCCGUGAAGAAGAAGCACCGGGCGCGGGUCAUCGAGUUCUUCAUUGACGUGGCACGCGAGUGCUUCAACAUCGGCAACUUCAACUCCCUUAUGGCUAUAAUCUCUGGGAUGAACAUGAGUCCAGUGUCUCGAUUGAAGAAGACCUGGGGCAAAGUUAAAACAGCCAAGUUUGACAUCUUGGAGCAUCAGAUGGAUCCUUCCAGUAACUUCUAUAACUAUCGCACGGCGUUACGAGGAGCCACACAGAGAUCCAUCACAGCCCACAGCAGCAGAGAGAAGAUUGUCAUCCCCUUCUUCAGCCUAAUGAUAAAGGACAUCUACUUCCUCAACGAGGGAUGUUCCAACAGGCAUCCCAAUGGCCAUGUCAACUUUGAGAAAUUCUGGGAGAUGGCCAAGCAGGUGAGCGAGCUGAUGACCUGGAAGAAAGUGGAGUGUCCGUUUGAGAGGGACCGCAAGAUCCUGCAGUACCUGCUCACCGCCCCCGUGUUCAGCGAGGAUGCUCUGUGUCUGGCGUCUUAUGAGAGCGAAGGACCAGAGAACAACAUGGAGAAAGACAGGUGGAAGUCUUUGAGGUCUUCCCUGCUCAAUCGGGUGUAGGCAUCUCAGAUGACGGGGGAUCCUUCUGCUCAGCCAGCUGUGACACCCUCACUCUGUGCCCCCAUGCCCCCUCCAAACAAACAAGCAAGACCAGCAGCAGCAGCGACAGAUGGACACCAGGCCCGGUCAGCAGUAUCCCUGUUCUCAAAGGGAAGCGACAAUCUUAUCCACUCUGGGCUGAGGAACGACCUGGCUGUGUCCCAUUGCUCGCGCCGCUUAUGUUUCGUUUUGUUUGCGAUUUGUCUAAAACAGAGGAUCUUGUGUUCUCUUGCUCGUCCUACUGGAUAUUUCAGAACUGCUUUUUUCAUCUCUUUGUAUGAAUUUGUACUCAACGUACUUCACUUGUAUUAUUAUUAAUAUUGUUGUUAUUAUUAUUUGUUUUUUUUUGUCGAUUUGUUUGUUUUGUUUGUGGGUGGUUGUGCCACCGGAAGAGGUAUACAGCACUGGUGCUGUUUUUCGACGUUUGCUGUAGGGAGGGACAUGGAUUCGGACAGUGGUGGGAGAUUCAACCCUUUCUGUUCCAGGGCGUUUCCUCUAAAGACACUCUCGACACUCAGAGUUAGCUGCUGGCUGGCCAACUCAACUUUGAAUGGGGUUUCCAAAUAUGAAAAAAGACAUGAAAUAAAUAUGUUGUCAAUGUAUCUAAAAACUACAAAUACCAGCAUUGUGCAUUCUGGAUAUCGGCACUGUAUCUUGAUAUCAUGUACCUGUCAUGCAUUUUAAAUCAAUUUAUUUUGCUGAUUGUAUUAUAAGUCAAGUUUAUUUUGUCAUGUUUACUUUCCUGUUCUGUGUAUCUCUAAAUAGGUAUUAUUUUUAUACACCUGUGUGCAUGUCUGUUUGUGUUGAUGUGAGUGUGUGUUUGUGAGCGUGCAUGAGACAGAGAGAGGAAAGGAAAGAGAGAGAAAGAUAGAGAAGAUACAAGUACAUAUGUGGGUGGUGUUAAUCGUGCCCUUUUGCAGCUAAUAGUGACAUAGCGCUUGAUAUAGAUUCUGUUGCCCCAGUUAGUGUUAAGCUGUUCAGACACCACCAUAGUAGGAGCUCUCCUUAAUCUUCCCCUUCCGCUUAAAUCUAACAGACCCUAUCUCAGCUAACCUUAACCCCCACCCUCCACACACACACACACACAUACACACACACACACACCAGGAGGGCACUUACAAGUUACAAGGCGUUUCGUUCCUUCCUGACAAGUCCGUCUUCGGAACAGGUCCACACCCUGUCUGCAGACCCCCUCUGCAGAUGGAAGCAGAGGAAGUGUUCUAGAUUACAUGCCACUGAUAAGACACUGUGUUAUAUGAGACGAGCCGUCACCCUUAUCAUCCUGGGAGCCUGGCCCUGGCUGACUGUGUGUAAAGCAGUGACAUAUCACCGCCUGGUGGUAGCGUCCAGCAAGAGCAACUGAAGACUUUAGAGUAGGCUAGAGUUGUGGAGUAGGUGGAGGUUGGGCUAUAUUUUUUUUGCCCUUCCAUACAAAUUCCAAGAGCAUUCUCUUGUGUGAUUGUUCCAUUUAUUAUUAUUAUUGUUGUUAUUAUUAUUAUUAUUAUUAUUAUUAUUAUUAUUAUUAUUAUUAUUACAGUAUUUUCCCAGCAGUUUAUUUAUGUUUUCCCAAACUGUAGCUGUGUUUUAUAUGUUGAUAUUUACCAUUAUAUUUUGUUACCCUGCUUUAUACUAGGUACAUAAUAACAUAUUUUGUAGCUAUGAGAUAUUUCCCUAUCUAAUAUUUUUUUAUAAAGCUUUUUAUGAGCGAAUGGGUUUUUUGGGUGACAGCGUGCAAAAUGAAGUUGAGUCAAUUAACUGAUGUCUCGCUUCCCUUGUUUUUGCUUUUCCCAUCGAAAGGAAACUCAGAAAUAUGCUGUGCUUUUUUUCUUUCCCUGGCCCUGUGUACAUUGUUGUGUAUUUGAAAUGUUUGGAUGACGUAGAAGAAUCCUUGAGAUAUGAAGCUGUUGUGUUUGAAGGAAUAAUGAAUUUAAUAAAAAGAAUGCACAUGAAAAAUGAA